GCAGCUUUUCGUUUCAUUCCGUUCCCAUAUAUGGGGCACUACAUUCUUUUUAUUCCAAUAAAAGGAUCAAUUGGUAUAGAAUGAAAAAAUAAAAGUUCUCCAUGUGUAAUCCAGCAGUUAUUUUUUUACAAGUGUAUAAAGUUGGCAAUAGUCCCAUCCUCGCGUAAUCAUUUUUUAAAGGUGAGAGAUGCGGCUUCGCGUCACGUGCUUGCCGCUAGACCAAUGAGAUGGCAUAACGUCGGAACGACAUGUAAACAUGGUCUAAGAUGGCAGCGCCCUUGUCGUCACUAUCGAGUAGCGAAGAGGAUGAAAUUAUUGUCAGACCUCCACCAAAAGUCAGUAAAAGGGCUUAUAAAAAUGCUAUAUGCAUCUCACGUCCAUAAAAAAAGAAGAAACGAAGGAUUUUACACGCACACGGUGGGAUACAUUUAGAAACUGCAUCAAACGGUGGCUUGACUUGCAGGGUGAGAGUCAGAAAAUAGCAGAAACAUACAAACAUUGUCUAGAAAUCGAGUUUGACCGUGUGCCCGAAGACGCAGGUUUUCACUCCACUUGCUACCGGCGUUUUAUUGACAAAAAGCGCUUGGAUGUGGCCGAGAAACGAGUUUCACGGUGCCAUGAAGCUGGUGAUGAUCAUAACACAGACCAGUCUGUGUCAUCGGGAAAUAGUAUUUCGUCAACGUAUUGCCCAACAAAAAAACUUAGGUCCAGUACCGGACUGCCGAUAGCUUGUUCGGGUCCUGUACUUCCUGCUUUGUGCAUAAUUUGCAAGAAAACGGACAAGUACAUCACUGUGGCAGGCAAACGCCAGAAGGACAAUCUUUCACAAGCGGAGACGCUGUCGGCAGGUAUAAAGCACACGUUUGAACUUAAAGUUAUAUGUCAUAUACUGAGAACCAUAACUAACUUUCAAAUACAUCAAUAUUUACAUUACAUGUACAUUAUAAUGUUUAUAGUGCAGUCAGUUUUUGCAUACACAUAUGUAUGAACAGUGAGAACUUAUGUUUUUUUAAAUACAUAUUUAUUACAGGCCAGUUGCUCAAAGCAGCUGAGAUGAAGGAAGACACUAGCAUUCUUGUGCAUAUUAAAGACAAAGACUGUGUGUCUCUGGAAGUACGAUAUCACAAGUCCUGUUACAGACAGUACACCAGGUUCUUGACAAAGUCUACUAGAUUCCAUGCUGAAUCCUUUUGACUCACACCAAGAUGGCAUUGUGUCUUAGCUCUGGAAUAGUUGCAGCUAAAGAAAUUAUGAUGGAUUUGCUCACAGCUUCAGAAAAGGGGGGAAAUGCUGUUCAGGAAUUUAUGGACCAAAGGUUCUAUCACCAUCAGUUGACGUAUUUGCUCCCAUCAAAAAACUAAAACUAAAGACAUUCAGUGAUCAAGCCAAGACAAAUAAGAAAUCUGCAGCAGGCAAGGAAGUAAUUCUACGUGCAGAUAAGAAGCUUUUCUCCUGACGGCUCAUCAUAGGUCAAAGAAGAAAGAUAUACUUGAGGGAAAUUCUCUCCUACUCCUUGGGAACUGUGUCAUAUCCUUUAUCAAGUGCUGAUGGUUCUCUUGGAAAAACAAACAAAUCAGCUCUCAUGGAUGUUCUGGAAACCAAAGGUGGAGACUGUUUAGUUGACAGAGUACCAGUAAAUGGAGCUAUACUUUUUGAUGGCAUGGCAGUCAUUCAAGCCAUUCAGUCCAUACCAUGUACCUUCGGGGAGCUUGCUGACACUAUACUAUAGUACUUAGUCAAGCUUGCUCUCAAGCACAACUGUACACGGAUAGAUUUUGUGAUAGACAAGUAUCCAGAAAUUAGUAUUAAAAAUGUAGAAUGAUCACGCAGAGCUGUUGGUGGCACACAACAGGUAAAAAUUUAUGGACGGGAUCAAAAGACACAACACAAUGGAAGAAGUUUCUGUCGGAUGGGACAAACAAAGAAGCACUGGCAGAAUUCCUCUAUGUAAUGUGGCGAGACGCUGAUCUUACAAUUUUAGCUACCGGUUUGAAAGACGCGGCUUCACUUGCUUUUCUGCACCAAGAUGGCAAGAAUCAGACGAUUUGAGAAAGCUGUUUGCUGGAGCGACGACAGAUACUGGGCAACUUGGGACAAGUGGGAAGAGGUGAUUGACUGGGGAGAUGAGAAAGAGCUGUGCUCCCCAGCAGAAUCACCUUCUGACCAGGCUGACAGUUCCACGGAGUCACAUUCCCGAAGGCGAAUUGCCAAGGCAGUUAGCUGGACGGAUGAUGCUUAUUGGGCGGCCUGGGACAAGUGGGAAGAGAUCAUCUGCUGGGGUGAUGAAGAGGAGUGCUCCCAAGUAACUCCACCCAUUAGCCAGCUUGGGAGGGAUAAGGGGAUAGAUGUACAUGGGUUGGAGGCUUUUGUGAUAAAUAACAGGACAAUCUCCAUAAAGCCUGUAGACAACCAUCGAGACAGUCUGGAGAUAGGAGCUGUGCUGGUAGACCUCUGCCAGUUUGAUCUCGAAUAUUUAGAUCAAAGUAAAUUUAAUUUUGAAAUUGUGCAAGUACAAAUUGGAGAAGUUGAAGUGGAGGAGACUAGAGAAAAGGCUUUUGAAAAAGCAUUUGAAUUGGAAAUUGUGGAUGUGGCAGUAGAAGUUAUAAACAGUGAAUUCCAACUGAAUGCAAUAAAUUUGGAUAUUGUUGAAACUAAGGUGGACAAAUUAUUAUUGGAAGAACUGAUCGUUGGCGAUUUAGAAGCAGGCAAUGUGAAGGUGUCAGUGUCAAAUGGCAAUGUGGUGAAGGUACCCUUAAGGUACCCUUCACCACAGAGGAACAGAAGGACCAGGCAACCUUAGACCAUACUCUCUGGUGGUUGACUCGUGGCAACUGGACUUGUCUCUGAAAGUUAGAAACGUUUCGCUGCUCAUCCAAGCAGCUUCUUCAGACUGAGGGAGGUAGUAAGUGUCCACAUAUUUAUCCUCCUGGGUAAGUAGUCUAAGGGGGCUCGUUGAGUGAAACAAAGUGGGGGGGGGAGUUGCGGGUAGAUGUAACCAGUCCCUCCUACUCCAAUAGAGUGGGUCGUUAAGGGUGGUCC